UGGUCGCCACGAUAUUGCGGCUGUCAUCGACUUUGUACUGAACGCAACUGGUUCCAGAAGAGUGUCGUUGUUGGGAUACUCACAGGGAGUAAUGUCAAGCCUAGUGCUCUUUUCCACAAAACCAGAGUACAACGACAAGGUCGAUAUUUUAAUAGGGUACGCUCCAGCAGCUAAUGUGUCGCACUUUCGGUUUCCAUUCCCAGAGCUUUUCGCCUUCGCUGACCCAAUUUUUCUCCUACUCGACCCAUUGGGCAACAGUGGAUACUUCCACCUGCCCCAAGCACUCCGACAGGUGAUUCAAGCAAUCUGCAACAUGUUUAAUGGAGAGCCUUGCUCUCUCUUCCUAACGCUCACACUGUUGAGUAGUCCUGAGCAGUCGAACAAGACACGAAUGUCAGUGCUUCUAUCCCACUUCCCAAUAGGGACAUCCUAUCAAAAUUUGCGCCACAUUGUUCAGAAUUACAGAAGCAAGAAUUUUCUCAUGUAUGACUAUGGAUCUCACAAAAAUAAAGAGCUCUACGGACAGAAGAAGCCCCCAGCUUAUCCUGUGGAGCGUAUCACAGUUCCCGUGGCGCUCUUCUCGUCAGAGGGCGACACGCUCGGCGACCCAGACGACGUCUCUGCCCUCGUUGACAGUUUGGGUUCAGCAUUACUCUUCAAUAGCAUCCUGCCCCCAAAGAACUUCCGCCAUGUCGAUUUUCCAUUCAGUUACAAAGCGUCCGCCUUCCUUCAUGGGCCAAUGAUCGACACACUGGAGGAACAUGCCGGGACAAGAGUGUGCCUUUUGUUCAUAUGCCGCAAGCCCCCGACAAGCAUUGAUCCAAGCCUGCACCACAACGCCAACGCCGACUUCGUUCCGGACCAUCGAGCAGGCCACCGGCAACACGAUAGCUGCCCCGGGAGCAUGGAGACGACCAAGACUGAGACGACCAAGAUAGUGGCCGAGACAACCUCAAUGGCAGCCGCAGCGCCUCUCAUAGUUCUGCAAGAGUCCAGAACCUGGUUUGAGAACCGGGAGUCGACCCUUACAGCAUUGGACCUGUUCUACAGCGGCAUCCUGCGGACAUUUACGAACGUCGUGCACAAUGAAAGGGCCGAAGCUAUGUUAGAAGCCCGAGUACAACUACUGAACGAGACCAUAGCAAUCUUCACCGACGAGAUGACGCGCCUGUUCCGCCAAGCUGACCCUGAUAUUCCUGAAGAGAAGAAAAUUUGA